CAACAGCUAUAUUCGCCCGUUGAGCUCUUGGUUUGGAUAUCUCUAUUCUGUCAUACAGAUCAUGCUUUGAAUACGCAUUCAUCAUCUUCUUCAGCAGCUAUAUUUUCCCACUGAGCUCUUGAUUUGGAUCCCUGUUAUGGAUACACAUACACAUGAUACUUCGGAAUUUGAAUGUCUGUCUCAUGGGCUCAUGGCAAAAUCGUGUUAGGAAAUCUGUGUCAUGUCGAGGUAAAAGAAAAGAUGGCACGCAAGCAAAUGCCCAUCGUCUAUCGUGAGUUCGUGACCAUCACGCACCCACCCGCCCCAUGCUGCGCUGUCCUUGGGUUCUUCCCCACUCCACGGCUCCACCUCCCUCGUCAGCUCCCAACAACCACAGGAUUCCACCGUCGUGCUACAUCGCGCGUCCCGCUUGCCCACUCCUCCUCCGCCGCCGCCCGCAAGCAACACCCCUCCCACUCGAGAUCCAAGGCAAGCUCCCUCCUUCGCUCGCGCCCCCGCCUGACCUCCGCAAUGCCCCGCUCCUGACCCAUGUCCUCUCUCUCGAUCCCGCCUCCGCUCCUGCGGGCGUCGCCCUCGCUAACGGCAGCGGCGAAGUGGAGGAAGGGCGCGGUGCGCGUGCGCGUGCGCACUUCAGUCCCGGCAUUGGACGGCGACGGCGGGUGCGCGGGGAGCGGGAUGGAGCAGCAGCACCACCAAGGGGACGCCUCCGGCAGCGCAGUGCGAGAGAAGCCUGUCAUGUCAAACAUUGGGAAAUCGACUAAUAUUCUAUGGCAUGAUUGCCCAAUUGGACAACCUGAGAGACAGAAAUUGCUGGGGCAAAAAGGAUGUGUCAUAUGGAUCACAGGACUCAGUGGUUCAGGGAAAAGUACCCUUGCAUGUGCCUUGAGCCGGGAAUUACACUGCAGAGGCCACCACACCUAUGUCCUUGAUGGUGACAACCUCAGACAUGGCCUAAAUCGGGAUCUAAGCUUCAAGGCAGAAGACCGUACAGAAAAUAUACGGAGAGUUGGAGAAGUGGCAAAGCUUUUUGCAGAUGCUGGUACCAUAUGCAUUGCUAGUUUGAUAUCUCCCUACAGGAGAGACCGUGAUGCAUGCCGAGCUCUACUUCCGGAUUCUAGAUUUAUUGAAGUAUUUAUGGAUUUGCCACUAGAAAUUUGUGAAGCUCGUGAUCCUAAAGGUCUAUACAAGCUUGCACGCACAGGAAAGAUUAAAGGUUUUACUGGAGUUGAUGAUCCAUAUGAAUCACCAGUGAAUAGUGAGAUAGUAAUUAAGAUGGAAGAUGGGGAAUGCCCUUCACCCAAAGCAAUGGCCAAUCAAGUCCUGUGCUACCUUGAAGAGAACGGCUAUUUGCAGGCUUAGCAUAUUUGAGAAGAUCGAUUUCAUUCUUCUGUGUCCAUAACUCAUGGACACAAGUAUGUUCCGUUUGGUCCAGAAUAAGAGGUGUUGUUAUUCAAGCAACAAGCCACCUUUCGGGAAGAAGGGGGCACAAAUUCAUUCGUUAUACAGUCCUGUAUUACUCGUUUCUUGUGUAUUUGUGCUAUUAUAGCUGUAAUUUAUUGACAAUCUCAUUUCGUCACAAAGGGUGUAUGAGUCGUGUUGAUUCUUAGUAAUUUAUUCAGGCUCUCAAAAGUACAGAUAAAUUGUGCCUUUUCCCCCACAAUGCUUGUUUCACACAGAUUUAAAUUCUGAGAAGAAAAUGUAACACCAGCUAUACUUUUCUUUCCUGGCAAACAAGAUGCUACGUUUUGAGUUA